AAUUGGCUGAUAGAACUAAACUGGAUUAUUUUGACCAAUCAUAUUGCACGUUUCAUUUUACCUACUAUCACCGGCGAAUCCAACAUGUCUGAAAGAUACAGCUUUUCUCUUACUACUUUUAGUCCUUCCGGGAAACUUGUACAGAUUGAAUAUGCCUUGGCAGCCGUGGCAGCAGGUGCUCCUUCUGUUGGAAUAAAAGCUACCAACGGAGUUGUGCUGGCUACAGAGAAGAAACAGAAAUCCAUAUUGUAUGAUGAGAAUAGUAUACACAAGAUAGAAAUGAUAACGAAAAAUGUUGGCAUGGUGUACAGUGGAAUGGGACCAGAUUACAGGGUAUUGGUGAAGAGUGCUCGUAAAUUAGCACAGCAGUACUAUAUGUCUUACCAAGAACACAUUCCUACAGCACAGAUUGUACAGAGGAUUGCCAAUGUCAUGCAGGAAUACACACAAUCAGGAGGUGUGAGGCCAUUUGGCGUAUCCCUCCUGCUGGCUGGCUGGGACGAGGAUGAGGAGACACCAUAUCUCUACCAGUGUGAUCCCUCUGGAGCAUAUUUUGCCUGGAAAGCUACUGCCAUUGGAAAGAAUCAUGUAAAUGGAAAGACAUUUUUAGAGAAAAGGUACAGUGAUAAUCUUGAGUUAGAAGAUGCCGUCCAUACAGCUAUUUUGACCUUGAAAGAAAGCUUUGAAGGUCAAAUGACAGAAGAUAAUAUUGAGAUCGGAAUCUGCAAUCAGGAUGGUUUUAAGAGAUUAUCAUCAGCUGAGGUUAAAGACUAUCUAGCUUCUGUACAGUAAUAGACUUCUACUAUGGUGUUGCAUUGUCUACUUGAACUGUUUCAUAGUGAUGCCAUUGACAACAUAGAUCUCAAUAUGGACAUAAAGACUUGGACAAUGUGAAGGAAUAUUGAAACAUUGUUGAAAUUGAAAUUUUUAUUCAUUUCAAAUACAAAUGUUUUGUCUUGACAUCUUCAAUUUGGGAACAAGUCUAGAUUUUUUGUGGCUUUGUGGUAAAAACAAAUAAAUUGGCCAUUCAGAACAAGUAACAAUUGUUAGGUUCCCCAUGAUUGCUUACAUGUUUUGCCAGCAUUAUUCCAUCUUUUGAUACUGAAAAUGUGUACAAUAAUGCAAUUAAAAAAGUUAUCAUGAUUUUGUUGAAAUUCAAAUACAGGUACAGGAUAUAUAGUGCUAUUGUCGAUGAAAAUUAACAACAUUCAGAAUAGAUCUCACCUAAUAUUAAAAUGUUCAUCAAUAAUUCAUAUGUAUUAUGAUUUUUGUACAUUGUUGUAUUUUAUUGAAGAACAUUGAAAUGUGUUGAUAUCAUUGUCAUACAUUUCAUUAUGAUAAAAAUAAACCAUCAUUCAUUUACA